GCUGAGGGCAGGAGAGGAGGUGGAGGGAAAGAUGGCGGCCCUAGGAGAACCUGUGCGGCUGGAGCGAGAUAUUUGCCGAGCUAUUGAAUUGCUGGAAAAGUUACAAAGGAGUGGUGAGGUACCCCCUCAAAAAUUGCAGGCUUUACAAAGGGUCCUUCAAAGUGAAUUUUGUAAUGCUGUAAGGGAGGUAUAUGAACACGUGUAUGAGACUGUGGACAUCAGCAGUAGCCCAGAAGUAAGAGCUAAUGCUACAGCAAAGGCUACAGUUGCUGCUUUUGCCGCCAGUGAAGGUCAUUCACAUCCCAGAGUCGUUGAACUUCCCAAAACAGACGAAGGGCUUGGAUUCAACAUCAUGGGCGGCAAGGAGCAAAAUUCUCCAAUCUAUAUAUCCCGAAUUAUCCCAGGUGGUAUUGCUGAUAGACACGGGGGAUUGAAGCGUGGAGACCAACUUCUUUCUGUAAACGGAGUGAGUGUUGAAGGGGAGCACCAUGAAAAAGCUGUAGAACUUCUAAAAGCAGCUCAAGGAAAAGUUAAGUUGGUUGUACGCUAUACACCCAAAGUCCUGGAAGAGAUGGAAUCACGAUUUGAAAAAAUGAGAUCAGCAAAACGCAGGCAACAGAAUUAAUACUGAAUUACAUCAAGUGUUAUAGGAAUGGAUGGCUUACAGUAGAUUUUCUGGCUCUUUUCCUCUACAUCUACUUUACAGGGUGUAACAGAAUUCAUAUUUGGAAAAGGGGCAAGGAUUUUGCUUCUUUUUCAGCUGGAUAUUAUUUAACAGACUCAUUUGGAUGCAGAUCUGUGCAUAUAAUUCAAGGAAAAGUAUAUUUGUUCUAUUCAUGGAAACAUUUUAGUUAAAAUAUGUUCAUUUUAUUAAUAUGUUGGUCUUUUACAAAUCUCUUGAAUAUUCUAAUGUUUUCAAAAGAAAAGUUUACAUAAACAUUUGUAACUGUGAUUUUACAAAUACUUAUUUAAAAUUCAAACCUGUACUUAACAAAGACAAAUUUGUAAAUUAAUUAAGUAUACUUUAAUAAGAUAGUUUCAGCAUUUGUAUCAUUGUUUUUCUAGUAGUUUUUUUAAUUUGGCUUUAUUUAAAAGAUAAAAUAUUUUGAGUAAAAGAUAUAAUACAGAUCUUGGCACGAAAGUGUGUCAUCUUCAUGCAAAUAGUCAUAAUUGUAUGGCUAAGUACAAUUUGUAUUUUUGAUGAACAAGUUUUUAGGCAUGUUCUUGGUCAUAAUUAUAUAUUUGACAAUUCCAACAUCUAAUCUUGUUUUAUGAAUAUUUUGCAACAGGUGAUCUCUUAUUUAAAACUUUAGUGCUUAACAUCCUCAAAUCUAGCAGUAAGCAUUCCAAUAAUUUAUACCUUUGUAUUGAUCUCUAAACAUUUAUUGAAAUUGCAGAGUUUUGUAUUUCUAUUUAGGAGGGUAAUAUUUACAUGCAGUGCAGAAAAAUUAAGUUUAUAUUCCUAAGUUUUCUCUUUUAAUUCAUUUAUCUAAAUAUAGUUUACUAGUGAUACUCUUGGAGGGCAAAACAGUUUGUGCUUCUGAUCAUUAUGAUAACUGUAUUAUCAUCACUGUUGGAUGUAGUUUACCUCUGAGUGCUAGAGAACAUGACUUUUGGCUAGGGAGUAUGAUCAGAAGAAUAAUAUUGUGCUGAUGUCCUGUUUGUAGACUUUACACAAUUAUCAAGAUGGUCAGUAUGGGAAGGAAUGUUGAAUUUUCUCAAUUCUAUCAGGGUAGUUUUUCAUUGAAAACAAUGUUAAGGAUCUACUUCAGGAAUGAUUCUGAAUGACUUUCUAAUGUUUUCUACAACAUGCAGAGUUCAGUUAUGCUUUUUUCUGCUUUUAGAGUGCAGCUAAAAAAACUAAGAACUGUUAUGAAUUUUUUAAACAAAAAUGUUAACAUUGGAAAGAUACUCCGUUCUAGGAAAAAAUAACACUUAAAAGAUUGUAUAAAUCUGUUGGCAUGAUUCUAGACUAAAUAAUACUGAUCUGACAGUUUUUUUCUAGGUAAUUUUUCUGCUUUCACAUCCUUUAGUAGAUACCUUUUUGUGAUCUGUUUUAAAACAAGCCUAGUACCAGUAGUGUGCAAGAAAGCUAUUAAUGACUACUGAAGUAAUAUGAAAAUGAAGAAAAUGAUGGCUGGAAUUAGUCUGAGCUAUCCUGUAUCUUCCUGUCAUAACUAGGAAUGCUGCGUUUCAAAACAGCAAGGGCUAAAACUCUUAAAAGUUGCCUCCGUUUUAAAGCAUGCACUGCCUAGCAUGACAAAGUGUCUUUAGCAGUAGAGUUAUGCGGUUGGGCCCCUAGGUUACUUUGUGGGACUUUAAAAUGAGUGGAAACCUCAUCUGUAUUGGUCAUUGUUAAGCUGCAGUUCUUACCUGUUCCAAUCACUGACAGUGCUGUGUCAGGUGGUGGUGGUGGGGCAUUAAUCCAGUGGUUUACAUAUUGGGUUCUGCAUCUCCACUUUAAAAUGUCAGUUAUCAAAGAGCCUUAACAUUCUCACAAAAUUGACACAGUGAGUUUGGCCAUUGAUUCUGCUCCCUGGAGAAUGGAGGUCAUUAGAUACAAUAUACCGAGCAUUGUCUUUUGGUAUUUUUAAAUAACUCAUUCAGCCACCAUAUUACUAUCUUAUGCAUGGGGGCAAGGGGGGGAGGGAUAAAGUAUUGUUCUGCUUUUCCCAUGACCUUUAAAGUUUCAAUUAUGAGGUAGACGUGUGAGCCUUGUUCUUUUCCUCAUCGUUUUGUCAUCUCUCUUCAGCUUUACUCCUUGACUGAGAUAAAAUUGUUAUUAUUCCCACCUCUUUAAGGAACUAAAGGAAGAUUUCAAGUUUGCACCUUAAGAAUCCUUGAUGUGAUCUAUGUAACAUUUGCCUGAGUGUCUGCUGGUUGUUAUAGUUCAAGGGAGUCUGAUAACAUCUGCCUUCUGAAUGACUAGAAUAUGCAGUAGAAUAUAAAAGGUCAUAGGAAUAGUCUUUUCUUUCUAUGUCAGCAUAAUCUUGUUUAAUAAGGUGACCCUAUAAAAAUUAGUAGAGGCUGGUACAAGUAAUUGUAAAUGCUUUCUUGGCAUUUAGCAAUUGUCUGUUUGCCUAGAAUAAUAGAGUACAGGUUAUUGAAAUCCAGCAACUGUAUGAAAUAAGCUUUUUUCAAUUUGUUAAGACAGCAGUGAAUUGCAGCUGGCAGCAGUAAACAGUCUGUAGAACCAUGAGGCUUAAUUGUAUAUUUUUAUGAAGCAACUAAUAUUGACUAAGACCAAGUGAAAUUGUUGGGCCAAUCAGGAAAUAUUUUAUACAGCUAGAUUUGUGUUGAAGUUUACUAUAUUCAAAAGAAGGAUAAAAUGAGAUAAAGGCUAUUAUAAAAUGUAUUCAUGUAUUGAACAUAGCAACGUGCUUUAUUACUCUAAAUAAAUAGUUUGGAGUAGCCAGGACUGCUAUAAAGUUUUAUAAUAUAUUACGCAAACUUACUACGUUCAAAUGAACAUAAGAUUGUAAUCUGAAAAUUAGUGCUUAACUCUGGUUUUUUUUUUCUUUUUGGGUUUUGUGGGCUUGUCCUAAAAAAACUAUGUGAGAUUAAAUCAUGAUUGUACAAAGGAAUAGACAAUGACAAAAAUAUCAUGACAUUAAUAGCAAGGAGCAAAUAAAAAGGAAUACAGCAGGGCAGGAUAAAUUAAUCAUAUUCUUUAAUGUUAAACUGAAACUGAAAUAUUCACCCAAACCUCUUAAUUGCUGUAAUCCAUAAUAUUUCAUAAAUGGGAUCCUGUAGCAAGAUUGAACUCUCAUUUUUAAAUUCAGAUUAAAUUUGUUCAAUCAAGAAUCAAGAAAUUAAUGUCACUGAACACAUGCAUUGACUACACUGUAUUGACAUGUGCAUAUAUGCAAUAAUUGAAUCAGCAAAAACUAAAAACACUGUAUCAUCAUUAUGUAUUUAUUGCUGUUCCACAACCCUAUUUUUUAGGAACUUGAAAAUAAAUAUUUGAAAUUUCA